AUGAGUGGGCGACGCAGUCGGUUGUUAUCGUGCCUCGCUGUAAUCGCAUGGUGCGCGACGUUGCAUCUCCGCGCGCUGCCAGCCUCGGCGGCGAUCGUCGUCGUAACUCCCAAGAACGCCUCUUACGUCAUCAAUGACGUCGACGCCAACUUCGGCGGUAUCAUCCCCUCGAGCGGCAUUCGCGGCGUUCUGCGCCGAGCGGAGCCGCUCGACGCGUGUCAGCCGCUCGCGUCCCGCGCAAAGCGCGCAGAGCGGGCCUUCGUGCUGAUCACACGUGGCAACUGCCUAUUCGACACCAAGGUUCUCAACGCGCAAGUGGCGGGUUACGCGGCCGCGAUAGUGUUCAAUAACGAGGACAACGACGAGCUUAUAUCGAUGUCCGCGCGCAACGUGUGGGACGUGGCGAUCCCCGCGGUCUACAUCUCCCACGCGGACGGCCACCUGCUCCUCUCGCUCCUCGCCGCGCAACCCGCGUCCCUCCUCAUCCUCCUCCCCACCCUCUCCGGCUCGCUCCUCCCGCUGCUCGCCGCGGCGCUCCUCGCGCUGCUCACUCUCUCCGUCUUCCUCUCCGCGUUUCUGAUUAUCAUGCGCCAGCAGCGGAUACGGCGCGCGCUGGAGGAGGCGCGGAGGGGGGGCGCGUGGGGGGACGGGGUGGCGGAAGCGGAAGCCGCCGGGGGGAUGGGGGAGGAGGGGCUGGUGGUCAUGCGCGCGCUGCUGCUUCCGCCGCCGCCUAACAAGCGCAUCGGUUUAUCAGCUUCGGAGCUGAACGCGCUUCCAGAAAUAACAUACUCGCCUUCCAUGGAGGAUCUCGCUGAGGCUUGUAGAGGGGAUAAUGGAGCCCUCGGGAAGGCUUGUAACGGGGAUGGAGGAGCAGAGAAUGAAGCGGAUGGGGGUGAGUGGGGCGGAGAUGUCGAGGGCGGGAGGGAACAGGGGAGGAGUGAAGGGGGAGAGGAGGGAAAGGAGGAGGGGAGGAGAAGGAGGAGAGGGUGGAGCAGAGCGCUGGAGACGUGCGCCAUCUGCCUGGACGACUAUCAAACGGGCGACCGCCUCAGAGUGCUGCCCUGCGGUCAUGGGUGCCUAAGCCUCACCAUGCCUUUCGCCCCUCCCCUCCCCUCCCCUCCCCUCCCCUCUCUUCCCCACUCCUCCCCUCACUAA